GACCCCGAUAGACUGCAAGAACUCAAUCCUUCUGCUGGUGGAUAUCACUCAACAGCUUCGUUCGCAUCAUGUCGGACAAAAGAAAGGCAGAUGGCGUAAAUCAGGCCGGAUCGUUGGUGAAGAGGCAGAAAAGCGAAGCUGGCAACAGCCUCGCUGUAGUACCUACCGAACCACCAAAGGGGGCGUUGAUGCGCACGGUGAAACGCACAUCAGAUCUGCAAGCGCCAAUCAUGCUCUUGACCGGACACGAAGGCGAAGUGUUGUCUUGUAAAUUCAGUCCUUCAGGGCGGCAGCUGGCUUCUGGAUCCUUUGACCAAAUGAUCUACUUGUGGAAUGCUUUUGGGGAGUGCAAUAAUUACAUGGCACUAAAGGGACAUACAGGAGCGGUUUUAGAAGUGCAAUGGUCGCAUGAUGGAAGAAAUAUCUACUCUGCUUCAACCGAUAAGACAUUGUGCAUAUGGGAUACCGAAAUCGGGGAACGGGUCAAGAGACUACGCGGACAUACAGGCUUUGUGAAUUCAUGUGCGUCGACACGCCGGGGCACGGAACUGGUUGUUAGUGGAAGCGAUGAUGGCACCGCAAAAGUGUGGGAUCCACGUCAGAAGCAUGCGGUGAAAUCCUUCGAGAACAAAUAUGCCAUAACGGCAACGGCUUUCAGUCAGGAUGCAGGAUUGAUAUUUGCUGGUGGGAUUGACAAUCAAAUUCGGGCAUGGGACUUGCGAAAGGAUGAGGUCAUGUAUUCACUAACAGGUCACUUUGAUACCGUCACUGGUUUGCGAAUCAGUCCGGAUGGUGACUAUUUGCUCAGUAACGCCAUGGACAACACAGUUCGCAUAUGGGAUGUGAAACCCUUUGCGCCUACCGGAACUCGUCUACAGAAGAUAUUUGAAGGAGCACCACACGGCUUUGAAAAGAACCUCCUUCGUCCCUGCUGGUCCCCGGACGGAGAUUAUGUUGCCACCGGUAGUGGUGAUCGUUCUGUAGUCGUAUGGGACGUGGCGACACAAAAGAUAGUCUACAAGUUACCCGGUCACAAGGGUGUUUGUAACGAGGUGGAUUGGACAGGCAGUAUAAUUGCCUCGGCCAGCAACGAUCGAACGCUCUUUAUUGGGGAGUUGAAUGUGGAGGAGGUGAAGUAAGGGAAUCUGGAGGAAGUAUCUCCCGAGCUUUGACAGCCAUUGUCCUUUGUGAACUAUCUGGACGUGUGUAGCCCUUCCUCCCCAUUCCAUUGCGAUCGCGCGAGCGCGCAUUCUUAUUCUUAAGCUGAAAGAGGAACUAUAAUAGUAAAAGACGUUGGCAAUGGAUUGUAACAUAAGUGUCUAUUGAGUAUUGAGGCGUAAGUGACAAAAUACCAUCUGCUAUGCUAGGGGAA